GCCGCGACGCCAUACACGCCCACACGCCACACGGCUCUGCGCUCUCCCACACGCGCGCGCGCACCGCUGCUUCCUAGUCCCGGCCGCGCGUGGGCCGGCGGAGCGGAGGCAGUGAACGCCUGCAUGUGCUGCUCCCCAGACACGUUCCAGGCGGUGGGGAAGGAGGAAGAGGAGGAAGCGAUGGAGGACGUGUACCGCCGCACGACCGGGGUGGUCGCGUCCUGCUGGGGUCGGUUCGGCCUGGCGGCGCUGUGGUGCAGGCUCAGGCGGAUCGCCCUGCCGCGCCGGCACUACCGGACGUACAUCCUCGGCGCUGGCGGGCUCAACUACGAUCCGCUCAGCUACUCCCAGAACUUCGACGACGGGAAAAUCUGCGAGUGCGAGCCCGACUUCUUGGCCAGGUUCGCGGCCGCGCGGCACGCCGUCUUGCCGGGGCCGGUGGCAGUGGCACCAUCGGUGAAUUCUUGAGCCGUUUGUGCUUCCAGCCGUCUGAUACACUUGUACUUAGAGUUGGAUGAGCUAUCCGAGAGUUGACCUUUUAUGCUCAUCCGUUUGUACUGUGUAUCUGUUUUUGCAUAUAUCGUAGUGGAAUGUGAGUAGAUGCGUAUAAUUUUGCA